UUACCCCUCCCUCCCGUUUCCUUCUCCCUUUCCCUGCCUGCUUUGCAUCCAUCUCCCCUACCCCGUCACCCCCUCCUGCCUGCAUCCGCCGGGGCUAUGGCCGCAGAGGAGGUAGUGCAGACGGUGGACCAUUAUAAGACUGAGAUAGAGAGGCUGACCAAGGAGCUCACAGAGACGACCCACGAGAAGAUCCAGGCUGCCGAGUACGGGCUGGUGGUGCUGGAAGAGAAGCUGACCCUCAAACAGCAGUAUGACGAGCUGGAGGCAGAGUACGACAGCCUCAAACAGGAGCUGGAGCAGCUGAAAGAGGCGUUUGGGCAGUCCUUCUCCAUCCACCGGAAAGUCGCUGAGGAUGGAGAGACGCGAGAGGAGACGCUUCUGCAGGAGUCAGCAUCGAAGGAAGCUUACUAUCUGGGGAAGAUCUUGGAGAUGCAGAACGAGCUGAAACAGAGCCGGGCUGUGGUCACGAACGUCCAGGCAGAAAACGAGAGGCUCACAGCUGUCGUGCAGGAUCUGAAGGAGAACAAUGAGAUGGUGGAGCUACAGAGAAUACGGAUGAAGGAUGAAAUCCGAGAAUAUAAAUUCAGGGAAGCCCGACUCCUUCAGGACUAUACUGAACUAGAAGAAGAAAAUAUCACGUUGCAGAAACUAGUGUCCACACUGAAGCAGAACCAGGUUGAAUAUGAAGGCUUAAAGCAUGAGAUUAAGCGAUUUGAGGAGGAGACAGUGCUGCUGAACAGCCAGCUGGAAGAUGCCAUCCGAUUGAAAGAGAUCGCCGAGCACCAACUGGAAGAAGCCCUUGAGACUUUAAAAAAUGAAAGGGAGCAAAAGAACAACCUGCGGAAGGAGCUCUCCCAGUACAUCACCCUCAAUGAUAACCACAUCAGCAUCUCGGUAGAUGGACUCAAGUUUGCUGAGGACGGGAGUGAACCAAACAAUGAUGAUAAAAUGAAUGGACAUAUCCAUGGGCCGCUUGUGAAACUGAACGGAGACUAUCGGACUCCCACCUUAAGGAAAGGAGAGUCUCUGCACCCUGUCUCUGACUUAUUCAGUGAGCUGAACAUUUCAGAAAUACAGAAAUUGAAGCAGCAGCUUAUGCAGGUAGAGCGGGAAAAGGCCAUUCUCCUGGCCAACCUCCAGGAGUCACAGACGCAGCUGGAACACACCAAGGGGGCGCUGACGGAGCAGCACGAGCGGGUGCACCGGCUCACGGAGCACGUCAAUGCCAUGCGGGGCUUGCAGAGCAGCAAGGAGCUCAAGGCCGAGCUGGACGGGGAGAAGGGCCGGGACUCGGGGGAGGAGGCCCACGACUACGAGGUGGACAUCAACGGCUUAGAGAUCCUCGAGUGCAAAUACAGGGUAGCGGUUACUGAGGUGAUCGAUUUGAAAGCUGAAAUUAAGGCCUUGAAGGAGAAAUAUAAUAAAUCUGUGGAAAACUAUACUGAAGAGAAAGCCAAGUAUGAGAGUAAGAUCCAAAUGUAUGAUGAGCAGGUGACCAGCCUGGAGAAGACCACCAAGGAGAGUGGGGAGAAGAUGGCCCACAUGGAGAAGGAGUUGCAGAAGAUGACCGGCAUAGCUAACGAAAACCACAACACCCUUAACACGGCCCAGGAUGAGUUAGUGACAUUUAGUGAGGAGUUAGCUCAGCUUUACCACCAUGUAUGUCUGUGUAAUAAUGAAACUCCCAACAGGGUCAUGCUGGACUACUAUAGGCAAAGCAGAGUCACCCGCAGUGGCAGCCUGAAAGGGCCUGAUGAUCCCAGGGGACUUUUGUCCCCACGAUUAGCCAGGCGGGGUGUGUCCUCCCCAGUGUCCUCCCCAGUAGAAACAAGGACCUCAUCUGAACCAGUUGCAAAAGAAAACACAGAGGCCAGCAAAGAACCAAGUCCAACUAAGACCCCCACAAUCUCUCCUGUUAUUACUGCCCCACCGUCAUCUCCAGUAUUGGACACGAGUGACAUCCGCAAAGAGCCAAUGAACAUCUACAACCUUAAUGCCAUAAUCCGGGACCAAAUCAAGCAUCUGCAGAAAGCUGUGGACCGGUCCUUGCAACUGUCUCGUCAAAGAGCAGCGGCACGGGAGCUGGCCCCCAUGAUCGACAAAGACAAGGAAGCCUUAAUGGAAGAGAUCCUCAAGCUGAAGUCCCUGCUGAGCACCAAACGGGAGCAGAUCGCCACAUUGAGGGCGGUGCUGAAAGCCAACAAACAGACAGCUGAGGUGGCGCUAGCUAAUCUCAAGAACAAAUAUGAAAAUGAAAAAGCAAUGGUGACUGAAACCAUGACGAAGCUUAGGAAUGAACUGAAGGCUUUGAAAGAAGAUGCUGCAACUUUCUCAUCCCUGAGAGCAAUGUUUGCAACAAGAUGUGAUGAAUAUGUCACACAGUUGGAUGAGAUGCAGAGACAGUUAGCAGCUGCAGAGGACGAGAAGAAGACUCUAAACACUUUGUUACGAAUGGCUAUCCAGCAAAAACUCGCCCUGACCCAGAGGCUGGAGGACUUAGAGUUUGACCAUGAGCAGUCCCGACGCAGCAAAGGCAAACUUGGAAAGAGCAAGAUCGGCAGCCCUAAAUCCUGACACAGCUCUCCCUGACGAGCAGCCGCAUUCCAGCCCCCAGUGCACCCCUCUCCGCUGUCUCUCCAAGCCUCCUCACCCCUAGUCUUCAUUUCCUGUGGACAAACACCUGGGGUGAAAGUUUUGUAGCCACACACAGGAUACUGCCCAAGAUCCAGCGGGUGUUUUCUUCUGGGUUGUUGAUAUGCACUUGGAUUAAUGUCUGUCAUUUUGGAAGAUGAGAGAAAGUUGAGAAGAAUAACACAAAGCACAGACCCUGGUGUGAUAAAACCUUCUAUGGUUUCUCUAAGUCACAGAUAAACUUCUGCAAUCAAAUGGCUACAGUUCAGUUAAAUUAAAAAAAAACAAAAAACAGGAAACAUUUAUCUCAGAUGGCUGGCUUUACCUCGAUAGCAUAAGAAAGACCUAAGACAAUGUAAAAUACGUAUAUUGUAAAAUCAUCUUUCCUUACACUCCAAAUUCAGCUAUAGAAAUUGAUUCCAAUAUUUUUUGCCAUUGAUAUUUAUUUUGUACUUUAUUUGCUACAUGAUGAUUUAUGUCUAUAAAAAUAAUUUCUGUGAGAGGUGAAUUUAAUUCAUUUAUUUUCAGAUAAGCAUAAUUUGCUCAAUGAAGUAUGAGUUUUAAUUUACUUUGAAAUCUGGAAUUGGCCAGACUGUGGUCAUUUUUCUUGCACAAAAUGAUAAAUGAGGUGCAUCAGAAUGUUAACAAUAACUGUAUUUUGCUGCUACACUGAUAUUAUUUAUGCUCUUAUUUUCUAAUCAGCUCAUUAACUGCUGGGUUUUGUUUCUGUUUUUGUUUUUUUUUAACUAGAGUUCUUCACUGGACAUUAUUAAGUAAAUCUAAAAAGGAGACUAAGUUAUGAUCCAUUGAUUUUUUUCGAGUUUUGAUGGUAUCUUUAAUUUUUUUAAAUUGCAGUUGAGUAGCUGUACUGGUGCUGCUCCUUUGUGUGUAUGUAUGUGUGUGAUUAUGUUAAAGAAGGCUAAAUAACUUGAAGGGAAAAAAUGGUGUGUUUAUUUAAUGACCAGAAUUUUUUUUUUUUUUUUUUACUUCUCCCAAAUUCAGGGUCCUACCAUGAGUCUUUCCUGCGAAAAGGUAUCAAGUACAAAUGGGAAAAUAUAUACAUACAGAUAAACGUAAGGUAGCCUUUGGUUAAUUAAUUUACCCAGAAAGUGUUCAAAUUUUGGUCAAAAUUGUAUGUUUUGUUGUUGUUAGGUUUUUUCAUAAUGAAUCUUCCUUGCCAAAAAACAAUAGAUAAUAAACCUUCGCUCACUGUCUACUUUUGACAAACACUCAGGUGCCUACAAUCACAUUAUAUUGAGAUAAUACAUGUUCCUAGUUAAUUUACAGGUUCUGCUGGGUAACUUUUAUGACUUGAUUUAAGGCAGUGGAUUUUCAUAGCAAAAUUUAUUUUGCACAUAAUCUGACAAACAAGGAAAACAGCUAAUUGAGCUGAAAGGUCUAAACACUCUUGGGCUCCUUAACUACCAAGUGCUGCCCACACAAUUGCUCCUAGCCCUGAUUCCUUGUCUUUGUCAGGUAGCCUUAACUUAUUUAAAACCAUAAGGGUUUGACCUUUUCAUAUAAGGAUAUAUGUAACUUCUCUUCAAAACAAAACGAACAGACAAAACGAUCCUUGCUGUUAACACGAAGGACAGUUAACAGUGCAGGGCACUAACGAUGGAGAUCUCCGAGCCACUCAGCUGGGAAGUGGGGGGCACAGGAAUGGAGUGGUCUGCUGAAGGCCAACCCGAAAGUCCUAAAGCACAUUGCCGGAGCUUUUGUCAGUCCUAAGCCUAUUAAGUAGAGGUCACUGUUACCAAAGCAACCAAGAGGUUUUUGUGUUCCUUAAAUGAGUGCUAUUUUCAACAGUGUCAUUUAUUAUGCAACUUGGAAUACAUAGUUGAAAUCUUCACCAAAAUAGGGAUUCAGGUUUAAGUACAGAAACAGAAACAAAACAAAUCUUCCUAAAGUCCUCAUCAUAGCAGCCUAACCUCCGGCCCUUUCCUACCUGCAUUGCCUUGCUCUUCCUAAACAUUUUCGUCAUUGUCUUGGUGUUGUAUCUGACUAGUACCAGUGAUUAGUGAGACAGUGUGGAUUUUAUUAGUGUUCAAUUAAAGAAAGCUUACCCUCGCCCUCACUUUUUCUUUUCCUUUUUUUUCCUUUUUUAAGCAUAUCAUAUGUUUGGACCUGAGAAGUGGCAUAGCUGCUAAGUUGACUUUUUAAUAAAAACUGUGCCUGAGGGAAAAUAUGCCUUUUUUAAAAAGUACCUGGGAACACCUUCCUCAUAUAUUGCCUCAUCGGUUUUGUUUGGUGGGACUGGGAGUUCAGCAGCAAGUAUUGUCUGCAUGUGAUGAUAGGGAACUUCUGCCUGUUGCAUUCUUACUCCCUUACUCUGGAUUUAGGACCCAGUGAAAAGCUGGGUCGUAUACCAAACAUUUAUUUCUUCCAAUACAAAGUUUAUUAUUAAGUCUAUUAUAAACUCAUUUUAUUUUGGUUCUUUAUUUUAACAGAGUGGGAAGUGCUUGUUUUGAAAUAUUAAUUCUGUGAAAAUAUUAAUUUUAGCAAAAUUUUGCCAAGAAGAUUUAGACACUUGGAAAUAAACUUCUCAUUUUCAGCACAAAAUUAGAUGAUAGUCCCUAAGCGGUAAGAAAGAAUGCCGUGUAUUUACGCUGUGGCAUCAUUUAGUAUAGUUUAAACUGAGCCAUAUCUCUAUUUAUUUACAGGCAUUUAAAAUGAAUAAAUAUGCGUAGUGUUGAUAAAAAUCAGUACCUGUAGAGAUAAUAUCAGGAAUUCAAAAGGAAAUUGAAAAUUGAAAAACUAGGGAGAACCACAAAGAACAAACCUCAGUAAGAGUAAGACAUACUUGGGGAGGAAAAAUAAACUGCAGAAAUGCAUUAAAAGUACUGACUAAUUAUUGCAAACACGGUGAGCAAAGAUUAAAGAUAACUAGCAAGACUGGUUGCAAAAUAAACAGGUAAUUUUUAAAAAGUAAGCACAAUCACAAUGCUGAAAGGAAUAGUUAGUAUGCAGAAAUGCUUUCCUACUGAGGAUUUUCCUUAAUUAAAAAAAUGAUAAUAAAAAAGAGCAAUAAAUUGCCUUUGGCCUGAGUGCUCAAGGCCAUAAAGGACCUUGGAUUAAUCUUUCCAUUUAACUCAUGGUUCAUCAGAUCCCUUUCACAGACCCAUUUUGGAUUCCAAUAGAAGGAAUUUAGGAAUUUUCUGAAUAACUUUUGAGAAAACCAAAAGUUAUUAAAUAAUUAAGACCUAUUUAGAAAUUAUACUUUAGCCAAAGGAAGAGGAGAUACAAUAGUGAUCUAUAAGAAAAGAGAAUUUAACAAAUGAUAGAUACCAGCUAUAGAUAUUGUUACUGAGACUAGAAUGAGAAAGUCUUCAGUGUGAAGGAUUUAUAUUUACUCUAGAAAAGAGAUUUUUAACACUGGGAAAUUAAUCAUUGACAUUGAUAAUCAUAAGGAAAAUUUGUUUUUUAAAAAUUGAAUAUUAUUGGUAGUCUAGUAAGGACUAAGUUAAGUGGCAUGAUAUCUUGUGAUAAUGUAUUAUAAUUCUGGGAGCCCAUAAUUCUAUGAUUCUUUUAUUUUAAAUUUUACAAUAAAAUUUUACUGGUUAGUCAUAAAAUAUUUUAUAUUUGAAGAUAGGAUGGCAAUCUUAAUUCUUCCAAGUUAUUUGCUUUUUUAAAAAAAAGGAUUGUUGGUAUUAUUUUCUUUGCAGCUAUAUUUCAUAACAACUUUAAAGUUGUCCAGAAUGUAGUAAUUUUGCUAAAAAACUUCAAUUGUCAGAGUCUAAAAAAUCCAAUGUCCUCAGAAAUACUUCAGAAAUAGACGGUAUACAAUCCCUAGGGGCAAAUGCCUCUAAAAUUUUAUCUUUAUUUAAAACAUAUUCAAUCUACUACAUCUGCUUUUUCCAUGCUUUGGAGAAUAUUCUUGUACUGAUAAUUCCUUCUGUUUCAAACAAGCACAAAUCAGGGCCAAUCAACUAAGAAUGUGGAAAUUUCCUGAUUUACUGCAUGAAAUAAAAUUCUCUACAGUUCUUAAGUGGAGAUUGCAAAACAUGAAAAGUAAAAAAUGAAAUAGAUUUUCUUCUGGGAUAAGAAUGUCAAGUUUAAUGUAUAAUUGUCAUAAUCAAUCAGCCAAAAGAUGUAACCUGUCUCUCAGACACAUCAGGGGAAGCGGAUGGAGUUCUAGUGAGGAACUAUUCUGGUUCAACCCAAAGAUGCCACAAAUGCAUUGAUCUGGAAGAUAUAAAGUAGGACUAAAUUUGAAUGAAACUCUUAGGAUAAAGUUCACAAUUUUAAAAAGCUUGCCCUCCAGUUCUUUUGUUUGUUUAUAAACUAGAUUUUAAAUAAUCCUUGUAUUUAAGACUGCAAAAAACUUACAAGAAUAUGUUUUCAAAUAAAGGGAACAUAAUUGUUCAAAAAGCUGUUGAACUGGAGUUUUGAUAGAUAAGUUAUGAUAGCGUGAUCAGUGCUGAUAUUGACAAGUAAUUUUUUAUCUUAAAAUCAAUUUCUAUGGACGUACAAUAUCAAUCUAGCUGCCGAGUGACCUUUUCCAUUGUCUGUAAUAAUGCCCCCAGAUGAGUUGUAUCAGAAAUUAAAUUCGUUUUUAUUUAAAUGCCAACUUAACUGUCAUAGUCCUUGAUGUAUUGCAUUUAUAGCCUGAACCUAUUUUGUUAACACCUGAAAGAUUUCAUCUAUGUCUUUCUGAAAGACAACUCUUUCAUCCUUAUUACUCAAAGUGUAAUUGAAAGAGAUAUUUACUAUUAGGAUAUGUUCCCCAAUUGAAAAAUUUCCAGAAAUAAUAUACUACUUAAGAAGAGGAGCAGUUAACUGCCUUUAGUGUAAGGGCAAGAGUGCAUAGAAGUAUGCAGUGUAAAAUGUUUGCAUGAGAUAUUUCACAUCAUGUAAGCUUUCCAAUAUUCAUAAUAUGAACACUGUAGAAGUCUUAUUUCUCUUGUGAUCAUCUGUCCAUUAGGAAUGUAAGGAGAUUGUUACCUAUAUCUGGUCUCCUUUCCAUAUUGAAGUGCAUGGCUCUAAUCCUCAGUGUAUUUUUAUCCCUUUCCUCUGGAGUUAUUUAAAAUUUUGCCCUAUUUAAACUGAAGCCUGGACAAACUGCUGACCCAGAUUAUUUCUGUGAUUGGAGUUUAAUUACUGUAGAACACUUGUUAAGAACACAUUUUUUUUUAUUUUAACUUUUUUUCUUUCAGAAUUAUUCUUUGGAUCAUUAUUCUCUAAUGAAAACACUGAGAAGUAAAUCUGAUACUUAGUACAAGUGUAUGUUUUUCUUUUAAAAAGUCAUUUUAAAACAAAGAUCAGAGAGCUAUAAAGUAAAGGGAAAUAUCAUUUUGUUUAAGAAUCAUUAUUCAAUGAUAACGGAGAUACAGAAUGAAUCGUUAGGUUCAUAUGUAUGAUUUGUGCAGUAAAUCUUAGAGGAAAUACAUCAUUUUAACAUUAUCGCCACAAAAUUUUUAAGCUCAAGGUUUGACUGUUAGAGUCAAUUAAUUCUUUGAAAAUCUUUUGUGACAUUUUUGUAAACUACUCAGUGUUUUUAUUGGCAUGAUUAUGUAUAUGUGAUGAACCAUACAUGAUUCUGAUACUGUAUUUCUUUCCAGUGUUAACAUUUGUGUCAUGUGUGGCCAACCCUGAUUUGUACACUGUAUGAUUAUUGUUGUAAUGAUUCAGCUAUUCCUAAAUUUAAUUGCAGUUUAUUAUUAUGCCUUUUGGAGCUAAAUGAUGUGAAGUGUUUCCACCUACUGAUUAUACCAUAUGAAAACAUGACUAAAAGACUGAUCUAAGAAACCUUUUUGUUGCUAAUUAUUUUUAAAAAUCCGAAUUUCAAAAGAAAUGUUCUCAAAGACACAUGCAUUUAUUUUAAAUUCAAAAAAAUUCUUAUGAAUUUGUUAUUGCUUGUAAUUUUUAAUUUUUUUAUUGUAGACAAUCCUAAGCGAAUGUCUCAUGGGAGAAUCCAUAUUAUAUGUGCUUGUAUUUGUGUAAUCUGAUCAUGCACUCAAUGGUUGGAAAAGGCACUCUAGUGCUAAGAAAAUAACCAGAAGCCAAUAUAUCAAUUCUUAUAUUUGGUUUAUGUUACCAACUGAAUAUGGUGUAAUGCAUAACUUUUUCCAGUAAAUAAACUGGUUAUCUUUUGUUCAU